AUGUUGGGAAACAAGCUAAGCAUCACCGACGUGAAGGACAUCAAAGGGAAGAAGGUCCUAGUGCGAGUAGAUUUCAACGUGCCAAUUGAAAAUGGAGUAAUAAAGGAUACGAAUAGAAUCACAGCAACGCUUCCCACGAUUCACCAUUUGAAGAAGGAAGGAGCAUCUAAAAUUAUCCUCAUUUCUCAUUGUGGAAGACCGGACGGAUCAAAGAAUCUAAAAUAUACCUUAAAGCCAGUCGCAGAAACGCUAAAGACUUUACUCGGAGAAGAAGUACUUUUUCUGAGUGACUGUGUAGGAGAAGAAGUAGAACAACAGAUAAACCAAGCGAAAGAUAAUUCAGUCAUUCUUCUUGAAAAUUUGCGAUUUCAUGUAGAAGAAGAAGGAAAAGGAGUAGAUGCAGAUGGAAAUAAAAUAAAGGCUAAUAAAGAAGAUAUAGAAAAAUUCCAAAAUGACUUAACCAAAUUGGGAGAUAUAUUUAUUAAUGAUGCUUUUGGAACAGCUCACCGAGCACACAGUAGUAUGGUUGGAAUUAAACUAAAUGUAAAAGCAUCUGGAUUUUUGAUGAAAAAAGAAUUGGAAUAUUUUAGUAAAGCUUUGGAAAAUCCUCAGAGACCACUGCUAGCCAUUUUGGGUGGAGCCAAAGUAUCAGAUAAAAUUCAAUUAAUAAAGAAUCUGUUAGAUAAGGUAGAUAAAAUGAUCAUAGGAGGAGGAAUGGCUUAUACUUUCAAAUAUGUUUUGAAUAAUAUGAAAAUUGGAGAUUCCCUUUUUGAUGAAGCUGGUAGCAAAAUUGUGAAUGAAAUUAUGGAGAAAGCGAAGGCGAAGAAUGUAGAGAUUUACCUCCCUGUUGAUUUUAAAGUAGCUGACAAAUUUGAUAAUAAUGCUAACACAAAAAUUGUGACAGAUGUGGAAGGUAUUGAGGAUCAUUGGAUGGGACUUGAUGCUGGACCUAAGAGUAUAGAAAAUUACAAGAACGUCAUUUUAGGUUCUAAAACAAUUAUUUGGAAUGGACCCCAGGGUGUAUUUGAGAUGCCGAAUUUUGCUAAGGGUAGUAUUGAAUGCCUCAAGUUAGUCAUUGAAGCUACGAAGAAUGGAGCCAUAACCAUCGUCGGUGGGGGAGAUACUGCUUCGCUAGUGGAACAACAACAGAAGAAGAACGAAAUUAGCCAUGUGUCCACUGGUGGAGGGGCUUCCCUUGAGUUACUAGAAGGGAAGGAGCUCCCAGGUGUGUUGGCCCUCUCGAACAAGUAA